GAAGUUUAAUUUUCUUUUGGAUUUAUUUUGGGCAGCACCAGCACACAGCAUGUCUACCCAGCAGCUGCAGAGUCUGGCAAUUCCACAGCAGAUGCAGCCCAUGACCAUUCAGACCCAGGUCCAGAAUAUUUCUGCCCAGCACCUUUUAACAACUGCAACAGCUAGUUCUACUCCAACUGUCGCUUCACAGUUCCACCAAGUACCAGUACUUUUGCAACCCCAGUUCAUUAAGGCUGAUUCAUUGCUGCUCACAGCACUGAAGCCAGAUGGAAGUACUGUUGUAACGUCAGUAAAGUCUCCUGCUAUAUCAACUCUAGCAAGUAGCACAUCUCAAACUACAUCUCUUCAAAUGCCGACUCUGGUCAGUGGAAAUACUAUUUUGACGACCGUCCCUCUGAUGGUAGAUGCGGACAAACUUCCAAUUAAUCGUAUGCCAACAAAUGGCAAACCUUGCAAUGCACCAAACAAGGGGGAGAAACGCACUGCACAUAAUGCUAUUGAGAAACGUUACAGGUCAUCCAUCAAUGACAAGAUUGUGGAGCUGAAAGAUCUCAUUGUCGGCACUGAAAGCAAGUUGAACAAAUCAGCAAUAUUGAGGAAAGCUGUUGAUUAUAUCCGCUUUUUGCAACAAGCCAAUCAGAAGUUGAAACAAGAGAACAUGGUAUUGAAAAUGGCUGCACAGAAAAACCAAUCUCUGAAAGAUCUUGUGGCUUCCAGUGGGAUAAAUCUGGAUGCAACGCCAAAUGGAUUCAAACAGGAUCCUGACCUGCUCACACCACCACCAUCUGAUGUUGGCUCACCACCUCAAAACAGCCCAUUCUCUGUGAGCAGCAGUGACUCUGAACCAGACAGCCUGUUUUUUGAUGAUACUAAGGUCUCCGUUAAACAAGAACAGACGCUACCAACUAAUGUUGGUAUGUUGGAUCGAUCCAGGAUGGUGCUAUGUACCUUUGUGUUCCUUUGCCUCUCCUUUAACCCUCUUGCAUUCUUGAUGGGUGGGACGGACAUCAGUUCUGUGGGAGGCCAAGAAUAUCAUGGUGCAGGCAGAAACAUAUUAGGCCUUUCUAUAGAAGAUUCCUCCAGCUGGUUUUCUUGGAUCUGGCCAACGUUGAUCCUCUGGUUAAUUAAUGGGAUAAUUGUUCUGCUUGUAUUUGCUAAAAUCUUUGUCUAUGGUGAGCCUGUUACUAGGCUGCAUUCUGAAUCAUCUGUCCUUUUCUGGAGGCAUCGUAAGCAGGCUGAUCUGGACCUGGCAAGGGGGGAUUUUGCCCAAGCUUCUCAGAACCUUUGGACCUGUCUGAAGGCACUGGGACGUCCUCUACCAACAUCUAACUUUGACUUUGCCUGUAGUCUGAUGUGGAAUGUCAUUCGGCACAUUCUUCAGCGGUUGUGGGUCGGGCGCUGGUUUGCAGCACGGGCUGGAGGCUUCAGGCAGAAAAAGGAGCUGAAAGAUGAUAUGAAGAAGAGCACCCGAGAUGCGGCACUGGUCUAUCAUAAACUGCAACAGCUCCACAUGACCGGCAAACUGGGUGGAAGCCACUUGUCUGCAAUUAACAUGGCUUUGAGUGCAGUAAACCUUGCUGAAUGUGCUGGAGAUGCUAUCUCUGUUGCUACCAUGGCAGAAAUAUAUGUGGCAGCAGCAAUUCGUAUCAAAACCAGCUUGCACAAGAGACUCCACUUCAUGACUCGGUUCUUCCUGAGCAGCGCCAGACAGAUUUGCCUGUCCCAAAGUGGUACUAUACCACCUGCAAUGAAAUGGCUGUGCCACCCUCUAGGUCAUAGAUUCUUUGUUGAUGAAGAUUGGACUGUAAAAAACACUCCAAAAGACAGCAUUUACAGUGUUACUGGAAACUCAGUUGAUCCAUUGGCUCAGGUGACUCAAGCUUUCCGUGAGCAUCUGCUGGAAAAAGCAUUAUAUUGCAUUGCCAAACCGGAGAACAGGAAGCCAGCGUCAGGAGAGGGAGGUGAAUUCUCAGACGCUCUUGAAUACUUACAGCUGUUAAAUGGUUGCUCUGAUGCUGCUGCAGUUACCACACAGACUUGUGCUAUCGGUUCCAGUAUGACAACUGUCACAGGCACUGAUCCUGUAGCCAAAUGGUGGGCUUCCAUGAUUGUUGUUGCUAUUAACUGGCUACAAGGUGAUGAUGAGGCAGCAGAACGACUUUACCCAGUAGUAGAAUAUAUGCCGAAGACUCUGCAUGCAAUGGAGAAUCAGUUGCCAAAAGCAGCCCUGUUUGCAUUCAGGGGUGUUCGUGCCAUGCUGGUUAAACAGGAGAGUAGCCAGAUGAGCCUCGUGCAUUGUGAGAAAGCCAGUGGAUACCUGAGGGACAGCCUCAACAUGGCAUCUCCCACCAGCAACAGUAUUGACAAGGUAGGGGGAAGACUUGGACUCCUCAUUUGUGUGACAUAGGUGCUUACAAUGUAA